CCCCCUCUCUCUCUCUCUCUAUAUAUAUAUAUAUAUAUAUAUAUAUAUAUAUGUACGUAUACAUUUAUACCCGCCGUAUACUCCUGUAUACGUACAUUCGUUUCUUCUUCUCUCUUUCCCUCUCUCUAUAGAUUGUUCGUUGGAGUUAGUUCUGUAGUUGUAUUCUCUCGUUUGAGCUGCCGUUUCACUACAGAGAGGCGAUGUUUGACCUCAAUCUCAGCGCGGUGGAGGCGAUCGGCGAUCGAGGUGUGGCGGCGUCGGAGAAGGUUCUGGAGCUAUCGGGGACCUCGAAUUCAUCCGUUGUGAAUGCGGAGACCUCCAGCACCGCCGGCGACGACGAGUACUCCUGCUCGGAUGGGUACGCGUUUGAGAUACUGAGGAGGGAGGAGGAUGGGAAGGAGUACGGGGAGAGUGAGAAUCGAGGUGGCUUUGAGACGAUGGAGCUGUUUCCGUUGAGCGGGGGAGAGGCGGCGUUGUUCAACCAGCAGCAGCAACAAUGGUUGGAUCUCUCCGCCAAUUAUGGCAUUGUGGCGGAUCCGAGGAUUAUGAUUUUGCCGCCUCAGAGGCCGCAGGUGAAGAAGAGUAGAAGAGGACCGAGGUCCCGCAGCUCUCAGUACCGUGGAGUCACAUUCUAUCGAAGAACGGGUAGAUGGGAGUCUCACAUUUGGGACUGUGGGAAACAAGUUUACUUGGGAGGAUUUGAUACUGCCCAUGCUGCUGCUAGGGCAUAUGAUCGUGCUGCAAUUAAGUUUCGUGGACUAGAUGCUGAUAUUAAUUUUAAUGUCACCGAUUAUGAAGAAGAUCUCCAGCAGAUGAAGAACUUAACAAAGGAAGAGUUUGUGCACAUUCUCCGUCGUCAGAGCACUGGGUUUUCUAGAGGGAGUUCAAAGUAUAGGGGAGUUACCCUACACAAAUGUGGACGAUGGGAAGCUCGAAUGGGGCAAUUUCUUGGCAAGAAGUAUAUCUACCUUGGACUGUUUGACAGUGAGAUAGAAGCUGCAAGGGCAUAUGAUAAGGCCGCCAUAAAAUUAAGUGGGAGGGAAGCUGUGACAAAUUUUGAACUAAGCGCAUAUGAACAAGAGUUGACUUCUGAAGUUGAUACUGGAGGUGGCAGCCAAGAUUUGGAUUUGCAUUUGGGCAUUGCUCCUACUAGUUUUGUAGAUGGCAUGGGAACCCUCCAGUUGCAAAGUGGUUUAGCCAGUCCAAAGCAUUGGGGAGUGGGGACCUCUGCUUCAAAUACAGUGGAAUCUGAACUACUACCACAUGGCUUUGAAUUGCUUUCUGAGCAUCCUCCUAUCUGCAAUGGAGUAAAUACUCAAUUCUUUCCCAUUUACAAGGGAACAGCAAUAGGGAAGGGCAUGGAAAUUGAUUCCUCACCAAACUGGGCUCAAGCUUAUGGUGGGACUCCUCCAGCAACACUCUUCUCUACUGCAGCAUCAUCAGGAUUCGCUAACGCAACCUUUACUUCUUCCCCGGCUGCUCCUCGGCUACCUCAUUUCUCUAGUGGAAUGUUACCUUACCACCAUUCUUCACCUCCUAUUCCAACUAUGAACAGCACUGCUCACUUUUGCUGCCGGAGCUGAAGUCAACAGGUAGUCGGUUACUGCCGUCAAUUCUUUCCUCCCUUAGUACUCUGAAAUUAGGUAAGAGCAAAAUGAACAAUGACUGUUUUGGUAAGCACAAACAAACCGGGUUUUGGUUUCUAACUACGCAUACAAGGCCAUGUGCUGCUCUUCUCUGUUUUGAGUGAUUUGUAAGACUGCAUACAAUAGCUUUAAUAGUGUAAAAGCUCAAGGUUUUAGACUACAUCAGAAUGUUUGAUAGGGUGCGACUGGUGCUCAAAUUCAUCUUUGCCUUUACAUUUCUGCCUGCUGCACUAAACUCCGAAAUGUUAAUUCUGUGGCUUUUUCCCCUUUAAUAUGAAAGUAUGAAACUGUCCAAUUUUAUUCUUGAA